AUGACCUCACGGCAAAUACCUCGCCAGAGCCGCUCGCAACCAAGUUCAGUCUGCGACGUCAAUCGCGGAGAUUGGACGUCUUUUGGCGCCGGGGCGCAUCUAACCGGAAUCCAAGAUGAUCGAGUGCAUUGGCAACAGAGCAACCAGCUCCUCCGUGAAGCAGAGGCGAAUCUAUCGGGCGAAUUACUUCCUGCUUUGGAUGGGGGCAUCGGAUCGUGCUUUGAUCAGACACCGCUGGAGGACCUGACCUUUGGUUGCUCAGAUUUGGCUGCCGACAACUUCGGGCUCGAUCACAUUCAUGCAUCCAGCCUAGGUUCAUUGAGCCAGCAAGAGAUCCAAGGUUACUGUCAUAGCGAUGGGUUUGCUCCUUACAAUCUGCAGCGGGCCUUGAGUACUUCAUCUUUAGCCAACCAGGAACUCUCCAAGACGGACACCUCAACGAACCCCCAGUAUCCCGCCAUUCCCAUCACCCCAAAUUCGACUCUUCCACGUCGCAGAAGCCGUUAUUCUCUCGGACAUACCCUGAACGGCGGACGAAGCAUUCAAAUUCCCGUCCACGACGCAAGCGAGCAGGCCUCUGUGCCUUUGCUGAGAUGGAGAAACAGCCCUCCAGAAACCGAAUCGGCAUCUUGGUCCGCCAUUUAUGAUACAUUACAAGAAAAUCCUCUGAGCGAUAACAUGCAAGCUCCUUUCACCAGCGUGGAAUCAUCGAGUCCGAGCGUGGCCAGUUGGCACAGUCAAUCUUCAAGCUCAAUCGUUUCUACGCAGUCGUCUAGAUCGUUCCAGAAUCGAAACAGGAGACGUGUCACAAAGAGGAGUGACGUCGCUGGUGCUAAUAAGAAGCCCCGGAUCUUCCAUUGCACAUUCUGUUGCGAUUCGUUUUCUAAGAAGCAUGACUGGACUAGACACGAAAAGACGCUCCAUCUUGAUUGCGACCAGUGGAUUUGUGCACCUUAUGGUGGUGCAGUGGUAUCGUCCUCGACUGGGAGGAGUACAUGUGCAUACUGCAAUGUCCUUGAUCCUACUGAGCAUCACCUAAACUCUCAUAACCAUAACGCAUGUCAUAAUGGUCAACAGCCGCACGUCUUUAGGCGCAAAGAUAACCUCAUUCAACAUCUCCGCGGGUUUCAUCAACUAGACACGCUGCCCAUCUUGGACGACUGGAGGAUACCGCCUCCCCCGAUUUCCUCGCGAUGUGGUUUCUGCGACCAGCAUCUCGUGUCGUGGCAGGACCGUGCAGACCACCUCACACAGCAUUUCCGUCAGGGCAAAACAAUGGCAGAAUGGAAAGGCGAUCACAACUUCGAGCCCUCGAUCGCAGCACAGGUUAGAAAUGCCCUGCCACCAUACCUCCUUGCAAACGAGGCUUUGACCAUGGUACCUUUUUCCGCCACGGAUCCAACGGUGCCGGACCAUUUCGCUCAGAUAGAGGAGAGAAAUGGCAAGACUCUCCCGGAUCCGGAGCAGCAGCUCGAUCCUGGGUUCGAUUUGACGCCUGACUCUUAUACCAAGUUUCUAGCAUGGCAUCUGGGCCGCUUUGCCCAGCAGUCCUUCGCGAGUGGUGUCUUUCCGACGGAUGAGAUGUUUCAGGGCGAGGCGAGGAGGCUGGUGUAUGGGAGUGACGAUAACUGGGAACAGACUAUAGCUGAUAACGAGCAGUGGAUCGCUACUUUUCGGAGACAGCAUUUAUCGAAAGACUAG